AUGUUCUUGUACGGUGGUCUGCUGUAUCCACUAGCAGCAUUUGAUACUGCCAUGAGAGUUGCCAAAAGAGUCAGUGAGGAGAUGGAAACUGAACCUGGCGAUAAAGUUGGAUAUGCAUUACGUUUCGAGGAUGUUAUUGGGCCCAACACUGUCAUUAAGUACAUGACUGAUGGUGUGCUUCUGAGGGAGACUCUCAAAGAUGCUGACCUGGAAAAGUAUCGCAUUGUUGUAAUGGACGAAGCACACGAACGAUCCCUAAGCACAAAUGUCCUAUUUGGCAUCCUUAAGAAGGUCGUCGCCAGGCGCCGUGACUUCAAGCUCAUCGUGACAUCAGCCACCCUUAAUGCCCAAAAAUUCUCUGAUUUCUUCGGGAGUGUACCCAUAUUCCACAUCCCGUGA